ACGGCGUCCGUAGGCGACUGCGGCGCAGAGCUCGAGGAGGAGAAACGGUGCUGACGGAACCGGGGGAGUCGGAAGUGACUUUGUUGUGGAGCUUAGUCUUCUUAUUCCGUUAAUGUUUUCACUGCUCGUGCUGCAUUGUCAAUGAGAGACGCUUUAUACAGCAAGAUGAAAGGAAAAACACAGUGUUGAAAAUUUUCUGUGAGGUAAACGACUGAAAGAUCGAGUGACGCCAGGCUCCGGAGCGAGUGUCCCUCCUCCCGUGCGUCCAUCUUGCAAGGAGCUGCUGAGCGCACUGAGGACCGUCUACAGGCUCCCUGCUCGGGGCAGAGACAGCGCCCCCGUACACCUGCCAUAAUGGUGCUGUCACAGAGGCAACGAGAUGAGCUAAAUCGAGCGAUAGCAGAUUACCUCCGAUCAAAUGGCUAUGAAGAGGCUUAUUCUGUUUUUAAGAAGGAAGCCGAGUUAGAUAUGAAUGAAGAAUUAGAUAAGAAGUAUGCAGGUCUUUUGGAAAAGAAAUGGACCUCAGUCAUCAGAUUACAAAAGAAGGUGAUGGAGCUGGAGUCCAAGCUUAACGAAGCUAAAGAGGAGAUCACUUUAGGAGGGCCCAUGGGGCAGAAGAGGGACCCCAAAGAGUGGAUCCCGCGCCCCCCAGAGAAGUACGCGCUCAGCGGACACAGGAGUCCCGUCACACGCGUCAUCUUUCAUCCCGUCUUCAGCGUCAUGGUCUCUGCCUCAGAAGACGCCACAAUCAAGGUGUGGGACUAUGAAGCAGGAGACUUUGAGAGAACUCUGAAGGGUCAUACGGACUCCGUGCAGGACAUCUCCUUUGAUCAGACUGGAAAGUUGCUGGCCUCCUGCUCAGCCGACAUGACCAUCAAACUCUGGGACUUCCAGGGCUUUGAGUGCAUCAGGACCAUGCACGGACACGACCACAAUGUGUCAUCAGUUGCCAUCAUGCCCAACGGUGAUCAUAUUGUAUCUGCAUCGAGGGAUAAAACCAUUAAAAUGUGGGAGGUGGCCACUGGUUAUUGUGUGAAGACGUUUACGGGCCAUCGGGAAUGGGUGAGGAUGGUGCGGCCCAACCAGGAUGGCACGCUGUUGGCCAGCUGCUCCAACGACCAGACAGUGCGUGUGUGGGUCACUGCCACCAAGGAGUGCAAAGCUGAGCUGCGGGAGCACGAGCAUGUCGUGGAGUGCAUCUCCUGGGCUCCGGAGAAUGCCUACCCCACUAUCCUGGAGGCCACUGGCUCUGAGAACAAGAAGAGUGGUAAGCCCGGUCCCUUCUUGCUGUCUGGAUCUCGAGACAAAACCAUUAAGAUGUGGGAUGUCAGUACUGGCAUGUGCCUUAUGACACUGGUGGGCCAUGACAACUGGGUGCGUGGUGUGCUGUUCCACCCGGGUGGGAGGUUCAUUGUGAGCUGUGCCGAUGAUAAGACCCUGCGCACUUGGGACUAUAAGAACAAGCGCUGCAUGAAGACCCUGAGUGCCCAUGAACACUUCGUUACCUCUAUGGAUUUCCACAAGACUUCCCCCUACGUGGUGACGGGAAGCGUAGAUCAAACAGUUAAAGUGUGGGAAUGCCGCUGAUCUCACUCGCCCCUGCCCCUCCUCUGUACCACCACUCCUCCCUGCCACAACACUCGUCCUUCGCCAUGGCUACCACCCCAUCCAGCGCUCUUCUAAUAACUAUUGUCCUUUUAUGUAAAUUAUUCUGGAUGUAGUUUGAGCUUAUUAAAUGUUACAUAAGACACCCUCACAAGGAGAGAAAAAUAAGUUAAGAAAAAAAAGAAAAACAAGUAUUCUUGCAUGGUGAAUCCCAAACUUGUAUACUGUAAUUAUUAUUAUUAUUAUUAUUAUUUGCUUACCAUCAUCUUGAAGGGUUAAAGAACAUCAAGCAUCGCGUUACAAAAGGCAGAACGGUCCUUUCUGGGGAAUGCGAAAACAGGGCACUGAAAACCAGGCUCGCUUUUCUUUCUUUUCAGCUCCGCUGUCAUGAUCCGCUGAUGCUUCAGAGAGGGUGAGAGAGAGAAGAGGGCAAGAAGCUGUUUUUAGUGCUGUCACUAAACCAAAUUAAAAUCUGACUGAAUGUUUCUGUCCUCUUAAAGGACUUAUAUUGAUGUAUUUUAGGUGCUAAAUGCUGUACAGUCACCAUUAAUUCUAGAGUUGAGAUGUUUGAAAAUCUCAGAGAACUAAAUGGAUCUAGAUGGAUGCUUCAGGCAAAGUUGAGGGAAAAAUUCCUUGUAUGUUAGGAUUUAGACUGACAGCAGUUUGGCCCAGUUACAUGAUUUUGUAUAUAAUGACAGACAAGUAAGUGACGUCUUGGAAGGAAAAAAAAAAAAAAAAACCCUGAGAAGAUAAAUGAGCAGUAUGCUAGUAAACCCCUGACUUACUUAAGUGCACUUCUUAAAGGAGGUAUAUGAUGUAUGUGUGUAAAGCAGGUUUGUACUUUUUUUUGGUCCUGCGUGCGCAAAACAUAUCUCAGCCCUCUUCACCGCCAUUUCAUUUUGUCCUCUACUUGGUUGAUUGACAGCUAGAGGGAAGGAUAGCAUCCAGAUUAAAUAAAUAAAUAAAUAAAUAAAUAACGGUGCUUAUAUAUAAGGAAUUAUUCGAAGUGAGAUUUUCUGAAGGGACACUGAAUUCCACCAUGUUUAAAAGCAGCCAUGCACCACAUUACCAAUGUCUCAUAGAAGCUUCUAAACAUUCAAUCAAUACAUCAGCUCAUUUUAGAUUUCUAGGCAGAAUACACAUCAUCUUUCAUGUAAUACUUUAUGAGGCAACAGGUUUUUAACCCACCAACACACUCGUGGGGAAAAGGCCUCUUAUUGCAUGGUCACAGCUUCAUCAGUCCAAUCUGCAGCUUCUUUCCAUGUGAUGUGUUCUUCUCUGCCACCAUGUUUUGUGUGUGUGUGUGUGUGUGUGUGUGUGGCUCAGCUGCCACUGAAAGAAGCUUUUCAACGUGUUCUCAGCGGUACUGCUUCGUGUCAUUGUGCAGGACGAGCUACCUAGUCAGGCUGUCGUAAAUCAGGGAGGCUAGUGACACUUUUUUGCAGAUUAUCUUGUCCACUAAAUUUGCUCUGAUGGACCUGCCGAGUCUGGCUGUGUGUGGUAACGAUAAAGACGCCUCCUAGCUAGAUCAACAAGUGCAAUAACAAUAGGCUGCUCUGUGUUAACUCUUGACGGACAGGUAUGCAUGAGUUGUGUGUGCACAUUAUACGCACAUGUGUAGAAAACUAACCUCCUUUGUGUUAUGAUGGAACUGACCAGUUUUGAAAGAAGCAACACAAAUUCUCCCCUGGAUAGUGUUAGGGUGGAACUUUUAGCAUCUUAAGGGAGUUACGUAGGAGGUGCACGCGGUUGUAACAUUUUAACGGUGGUUGUAUAGACCCGGCCUCUGCUAUUCCAAAGCUGUGUAUGUAGUAUCAGUGGACAUGUGAAAGGAUCUUAGAGCUUCGCUGUAUGUGCAGUAGGUUUGUGCAUUCAGUUAGCUCAGAGUCCAGUCGUUUGCUCUCUAUGCCUUGUUAAUAUACUGAAGCCCCCUUGACGUAAAGACCUUCAUUCUGUUUUUUUGUGAUCUCACACACUCACAUAUACACUGACAAGAUAUAAGUUGUGUACCAAUAUAUAUGGAUGUCAUUGUUUGCAACAUAAUUAAGAGUAAUAAAAACUGUAAAUAUAGAGCAA